GACGCCAAGAAGGAGAAGGAGCUGCGUUCGGACCUAUCGGGGGAGCAGUACGCGGCCACUAGCGAGAAGAAACAGUUCGAGAACUACCUCCAGCAGAUCGAAGAAAUGGACAUCCGCAACCUGAGCGGGAGCUCCAUGGAGGCGGAGGACCCGCUGGCGACGCCGGCGCCGUUGAAGGUGCACCAGCAGCCGUUGGAUUACGGGGGGAAGAACUGCGAGGGGAAGUACCACAAGACGAGCCUCAACCGCAAGUACUCAAAGGAGGAGACGCUGGAG